CUCCAUGGCACUUCCAAUUUUUCCUCGCUAUUUCUUCGUCGAUCUCUUCAUUUGAGGCAGAGACUGCAAUUCCUUCAACAGAUUCUUCACUUGUGCCGAAGCUGUGCGACUCGAAUUAGUCGGUGGCAUUCUCGGUCGAUUCACAGUCUCAUCGGCGUCGUUGGUUCCCAUCGGAACGAAGUAGCUGUUGAAGGUUAUUUAUUCCAGACAAAAUGCCGAAGGCCAGAAUUAACGCUCAGUUGGAUGCCCCACAAAUCGAUGUUCUGGUGGACCUCGGUCACCCUCUUCUCAACCGGGUGUUCGAUGGCUUUGUAAAGGUCGGAGGGGUUGGAGCAUUGCAUGCAGCAUCACAGGAUACCUAUCGCUUUUUGGCUCAAGAGGAGACGAACAAGAAGUCUCUAGAGAAGAUGGUCCAGAGAAUGGGCAAGGAGGCUGUGCAGUGGGGUUUAGUGGCAGGAGUAUACUCAGGCAUGUCGUAUGGCAUGCAGGAGGCCCGGGGUGUGCAUGACUGGAAAAACGCUCUCCUCGGAGGAGCAUUGACAGGAGCAGCUCUGUCCCUCACUGAGUCUAACCCAAGCCAUGAUCGUAUUGUUCGUGGAGCAAUCACUGGAGGAGCAAUCGCCACCGCCGCAGAGUUUUUGCGCAACAUCACAUAGGCAAAAUCGUGGGAUGUUAACGGGAAGCAUUCCUAUGUAUGAUAGUGAAAUGUCGAUUUAUAUUCGUGAGUAUUUGUAGCAUUCAAUUUUUGGGUGUCGGCUGAUUAUAAGAGAGAGGAUGACAUCAAGUGUACAUGUUAUUGUAGUCAUUCCAAAUUACUCUCUGUAUUUUUCUAAGCGAAAUCAUCGUGAAAAGUCACGACCAUGCUUUUUUUAUAAAAUCGCAUCCAUCUUGAGUGGUAUAAAUAUUUGCGCGU